UUGGUGGCUGUUGUUCCCAGUUGCUUCCACUUUGUUAUAAUCCCACUAACAGUUGAGCGUGGAAUAUUUAGUAGCCAGGAAAUGUCACGGAUGGACUUAUUGCCCAGGUGGCCACCUAUCACGGGACCACGCUUGGAGUCACUGAGCUCCUGAGAGCGACCCAUUCUUUCACCAAUGUUUGUAGAAGCAGUCUGCAUGCCUAGGGGCUUGAUUGUAUACACCUGUGUCCAUGGAGGGGAUUGGAGCACCUGAAUCACAUGAUUGGGAGGGGAUUGGAACACCUGAAUCACAUGAUUGGGAGGGGAUUGGAA